AUGGAGGGUGUUAGCCGGUGUAGCAUCCGGGACCAGCCGAAAGCUUCCUGCAAAAAAAAAAAACAUGGCUCCGUUCCUCAAUCGAAAUACCACUCGGCGAAAGGGAGCCAGGAGUCUGCGUCGGAUCGAUCUUCAUGCGUGCUCGUCGUCGCUGUAUUUCCGGCACUAACUCCACCUACCUCGUCUUUGACUCUUCCCUGGAUCAUCCGAUUCCCCGUUCCUUCCUCCAUCUCCUCAGCAUUCGUUUCCUUCUGGACAACGUGCGACCCUUGGGCACCUCAAUCUGUUGGAGUAGCAAGAGGUCUGUUCAACUUGCGGCUUGGUGGUUCCUUGGCGAGUGCCAUCCUUGGUGAGACGUAUGGCCAUCAAUUGGGAAUCGCACUCAGCUUUGCCGCCCUCCAGAGCGAUCAGAAUAAUGCUGUCGAUACCGUUCUUGCAAAACUCACCCACUCCUCCCUCGCCCAAUUUCAUGGCAACCUCACACCUGUAACACUUGUUCUGCGUGACACCCUUGAACAGAUCUGUCAGUCGAUAUGCGAAUAA